CCUCCCCGCCCCCCGCCUCCCCGCGGCCGCCGCCGCUUACAACUUGGAGGCGGCGGCGGCCGGGCGCUGCAGUGGGACGCGCGCGGCUGCGAGCCUGCGGGACAUGCCCCCCGCGCCGGCUCCUCGCUGGCGGCCAUGAAGAGGCAGAACGUGCGGACCCUGUCCCUCAUCGUCUGCACCUUCACCUACCUGCUGGUGGGCGCCGCCGUCUUCGACGCCCUCGAGUCGGACCACGAGAUGCGCGAGGAGGAGAAACUCAAAGCCGAGGAGACCCGGAUCAAGGGGAAGUACAACAUCAGCAGCGAGGACUACCGGCAGCUGGAGCUGGUGAUCCUGCAGUCGGAGCCGCACCGCGCCGGCGUCCAGUGGAAAUUCGCCGGCUCCUUCUACUUUGCCAUCACGGUGAUCACCACCAUCGGCUACGGGCACGCCGCGCCCGGCACGGACGCGGGCAAGGCCUUCUGCAUGUUCUACGCCGUGCUGGGCAUCCCGCUGACGCUGGUCAUGUUCCAGAGCCUGGGCGAGCGGAUGAACACCUUCGUGCGCUACCUGCUGAAGCGCAUCAAGAAGUGCUGCGGCCUGCGCCACACCGAGGUGUCCAUGGAGAACAUGGUGACCGUGGGCUUCUUCUCCUGCAUGGGGACGCUGUGCAUCGGCGCGGCCGCCUUCUCGCAGUGCGAGGAGUGGAGCUUCUUCCACGCCUACUACUACUGCUUCAUCACGCUGACCACCAUCGGCUUCGGGGACUACGUGGCGCUGCAGACCAAGGGCGCCCUGCAGAAGAAGCCGCUCUACGUGGCCUUUAGCUUCAUGUACAUCCUGGUGGGGCUGACGGUCAUCGGGGCCUUCCUCAACCUGGUGGUCCUCAGGUUCUUGACCAUGAACAGCGAGGACGAGCGGCGGGACGCCGAGGAGAGGGCGUCGCUGGCCGGGAACCGGAACAGCAUGGUCCUGCACAUCCCCGAGGGCGCGCGGCGGGCCCGGCCGCGCUGCCAGGACGCGGCCGACCUGCAGUCCGUGUGCUCCUGCACGUGCUACCGCCCGCAGGACUGCGGGGGCCGCGCCGCCGCGGCGCAGAACUCCCUCAGCGCCAAGCUCGCCCCGCAGUACUUCCACUCCAUCUCCUACAAGAUCGAGGAGAUCUCGCCAAGCACAUUAAAAAACAGCCUCUUUCCGUCCCCCAUCAGCUCCAUUUCUCCCGGGUUACACAGCUUUACUGACAACCACAGGCUGAUGAGACGGCGGAAGUCCAUCUAAGGUGUGGGGAGGCAGAGAACGAACAGAAACGUCAUUUGUCAUAUUAAGCUCCAUGGGCCCAACUCGUCUUUUCUUCCUUAUUUAUUAAUUAUCCUUUAUUAUUAUUAUUAUUAUUAUUAUUAUUAUUAUUAUUAUUACUAUUGUCAUCAUUAUUACUUUCGCUCCUCCUUCCUUGGUUUCAUUCCUUCCCCACCUUUCCAGCGAGACAGAGCCGGCCAGAGGGAAAAGACAGGCCCGUCCUCCUCUGAAACUCGCAUCUGAGCAUGACGCAUGGAUUUCUUCCUCCCUUCCCAGCAACGUAUGCCUUACAUUUCUCCCCAGCCCGCCCCAGCUCAGGGGUGGCUUUCUCAUGACAGGUGUGAGACCAACACCAGGAGACGGAGCCGAGAGGAUACCCAACCCAAAGUUGCACACCAGGCCCGUAGCCUUCAAGCGCUCACCCACAGUGGUGUCUCUGACCUAACUCCUUUCUUCUCCUGUCGUCCCCAAGGAGUGGGUGGCUGUGCGUGUGCGUGUGCGUGUACACGUGUGUGGGAUGAGUGUGUGCACGAGUGCGCACGCAAGUGUGCUUCUGUGUGUAUGUGUAUCAUGUGACAAAAUGGAAAGUACCAGGUAUUCAUUUCUUUUCCAUCACACAGUUUUGUUAAUAGCUUGCUUUCAGCUGCUUCCAAACGAAACAGGAAAAAACCCACGAGGUUUUUGAUUUAUCAUCUUACCAAAUCAAGCAUGUUCCAUGAGCAGCCUUUAUCCCAGAUGUGUCAUGACCAUAUUUUUAAAAUGCUAGGUUCUAAAUUAUAUUAGCUUCUUUUUAGGGGGGUGGGUGGGCAGGAAGACAUGGAUCAGUUUUAGCUUGCCAGUUCAAAAAUUUUUUAAAAGCAUGCACUUUGUUAAACUGGUAUGCAUUAUCAACACACACACACAAAAGACAAAACUAGCAAUGGAAUAAUCAAACGCCAACGAUAAUAUUAAUUUAUUAAAGACAUUUUUAAUUUUAUCAUCUCCAGUUCCAGCAAUUUACCACGCAACUGGAAGUAUCAGGGUAAACUGGAAAAUUGUUGGAACAGCAAAAUACCUAUUUUAUUAUUUCCCUCUUAUUUAUAUGAUGACGAUGGUGAUUUAUGCAGCGUCUACCUGCAUGAAUAAGAAUUACCGUUUGGGAUGCGUGGAUGAGAAUGGGUAUUAGUAGGUGGAUGUGGUUUCUUUUCCUAAUUAAAAAAAAAAAAAGACAGGGCAUUCCUCCUCAUUAAAAAUAUAUAUCUGUAUGUGUUUCAAGAAAGACGGUCUCUAAUCGCAUUUGAUUUGUAAAUAAGGGGAAGAUGCUAGCAUGUUGGUCUCAGGAAGAGUUCAGAGGCAGGAAGCUGUGUCUUGGCCUGCUGGGAACUUGUCAAUCUCAGGGGACAAUUUUUCUGAGUAGUGGAGAAAUUCCUUCCCAUUCUCACUAAAAUUAUGACCCAGAAGGGAAGGCCUGUUACUCUCCUGGGGGACAGUUAUGCUACAGAUGGUACAUUGGAGGCCCUUGUAAUGACAGGAAUAAAGGAAAGCCUGAUCUCCAAAUUCGCAGAGGGGACUUACGUUUCCCCUGUCACCGUCCCUACCAUGUCUAAAGAUCAUCAUCGCAUACUCCUUUUUCAUAAGGGGGACGUUCAUGGCUCCUGAUGGAAACAGGCUUUGGCUGUGCUGUUCAGAGGGAGCAGGGGGACUCCCCGUGGGAUCGUCCAGAAUGGAGGAUUUGCUCUCCAGGAAGAGUAAACCUAGAAGAUUUCUUAAAGGAGACGGCAGCAAACGCUGCCAGCCCCAAGCAUUUGGGCCAUUGGAACUGAAACUCAGCACUGAAGACUCCUCUGAAAAGGCGCAUACUUUCAUGGCACAUCCCGAUUGAAAAUGGCCCCAUUCGUGCAGAGCACAGGGCCUAUAAAGGAGGAGUCUGGGAACCUCAGAUUCUCUAGGCCAAAGUGGACGGUUAUCAGUCUCCAAGGUCUGUAUCAAUUCACUUGUCUUUUAAGGGUUUUGUUGUUGUUGUUUGUUGUUUGUUUGUUUUUAACUUUAGGGCUCUACCGUCUUUGCAGAAAAUAGAAACAGUUGCUCUUUAUUUUUUUCUCUUGGAAGAGAUUGUUGGCUGGAAGGGAUCCUAGGUGCAAAAAUACUAAUGCAUAUCUGCAGUGCUUUAUGCUUUGGAAGAGGCUGUUUGGAAUAUGGGUAGGGUUCCUCCUGAAAACCUUUGUAAGAUUUGCCCUCAAAUGGGUGUGUGUGUGUGUCGGUGAAAAUCUUUGAUCUAUAGAAGAAACUGAGGCACGGAGAGGAUGAGUGAUUUGCUCAAUGUCACAGAGCUGGUCCUUGACAGAAAUGAAAGAAUAGCUUCACCUGGACCCCAAAAGGUCCAAGGAGCUGACUCCACCACACCAUGGCACUGUAAUUCAGCCCUCAGGUGAGGGAGCUUGCUUCUCUUUCUCCACGGGUCAAUGCACCAGGCCUUGGAGUCAGUCAGAGGAACGCCAGCUCAACCUGUCAUUCAGGACUGGUCCCCACUAAGAUGCAAAACGGUCAUGAAGUGGCCUCCUCCUCCUCGACUCCUACCAGUGUCCAGGGACCCCUCCCUGCCCAGGGAGACAUAGACAAUGUUCCAUAUUCUUUAUUUCCACAGAGUUGAUUAAGGAUUGUAGGACGAAGUCUUUUUUCUGAUUGUGUGAUCACCACUGACUUAAAUAUCUGAAACCACUUGGAAUUUGUCUUGGUUCUGUAUCCCUCCUGCUUCCUUGCCCUUUGCCACCAGUUUGGCCCUUUGCAGGACAAUCACGGAGUCUUCUGAAGUUCAACAUCCUUGUUUAUGCUCAGUGUUCAGGGGGUGGAGGUGAACCUCAGUUUGCUUUCCUUGUGGCAUCCAUCUUUUUCGCUGAUGGUCUGUCUGUUCCCUAGCAUGGCCCCUGGCCAAGGAGUUCUGCAGACACAGUGAUGACGUGCUUUCAUUGGGGCACUGAGUCAGGGGUCUCCAGGGUUCUUCUCUGGUGGUAAAGUGAGACUGGGGCACCUGUAGCGCAUGGCCACCUGAGACCUGCUCAUCCAAUCAGCACUAGAAUUCUCAAAGGCCAGGAGAAAGCGCAAUGUGAGUCACCUCACUACGCUCGCUCAUUUUCAGAGGGGGACAGUGAGGUCCAGAAAGGGUGAACACAUAUCUAAGGCCACUCGACCAGAACAGGUCUCCCCCUCGUUUUUCCUUCUCCUCCUUCCCUGGCUGCUUGGGUCCCUGCUGCUGCUUACACGGUCUGAAGAGCCCUCAGUGCUGGGCUUUGGAGCAUCUCAGGCCCAGGUGUGUCUUCCUCCCUCUCCCACCUGGUGAUUUCUUUCUUUCAGCCCGGGUUUCUCAACCCCUCCUUCCUGUUAGCCGCGCCCAUUCAGUGAGGGGAAGAAACCACAUCAGAUCGUGUGGAUACAGAGUUCACCUGCUAGAAUGGGCUGAAAUUCCACCAGAAUCAUAGGACGUUGGCCCACCACCCAGUCCCAGGGGUGGGGUCUGGAAACCAGCUCGCCUUGUAGAUGCUUAAAGAGAGUUCAGCCUCUCGCUUGAGUGUCUUCCAACUGAGACCGCAAUGCAUCCACUCCAUCAAAGUCAGGAGGAAAAGGACAAUGGUAUUGAUCGCAGACAGCUCAGGGCUCAAUGCUUUCUAGAAACUACCCUGUUUUAAUCUUCAUCACACCCAUCCUGGGUGAAAGGUGCUGGCAUCUCAUCGGGCCGUUCUGUUUUUCACCUAGCAGUGAACCAACCUGUCUGGCUUUUGAGAUACCUGGUGAGCUGCAGAGCUGGGAUCAGACCUCUUUUUUCCAUCUGCACCCUUCUGUCCUGAAAUCCAGGUGGCAGCCCUUUAAGCACAGUGGGCUGCCUGGUGCUCGAAAUUUAAAUGCUCUCUCUGAAGCAUCUGUUGUGCUGCUGUGCAUCACCGAUUGUUAGGGGGUGCCCAGGCUUCUGCCUGAUCACAAUAGGUCAUUUGCAGCCCAGGAACCCCCCGGGUCCCCAGCCUUUCCAGGAGAGGAAGCAAAUGGAUGCAGACCGCUGCCCAGGAGGCCCUUCUGUGUGGGUGCUCAUUAAAACCCAUCCAUAAAAAAGGAGAUUGACUAUUCAUCUGGGCUCGCCGUUUGUUCUCUGCACACAGCUUUGAUUGGGAAAACACCUGGACAGUAAGUCAAACCCACAGAUAGCCCUGGCAGGCCAUGUUCUCUGUCUCAUCCUUGUGGGUCCUGAUUCCUAGUGACAGAAUGGUUUAGAGGCACUUGUGUCUGUGGGCAUUGAGUUGGAGAGGGAGCCAAGGGAGCAAAAAAAAAAAUGAUCAAAAAGGAAAGUCACCAUCACUGACGUUUAUGGCUCCAUUGCUCUAUUCAAUCUUCUUUUUUAAAUAAUAAGCCUUAAUUAAGAUACUGGUCAAGGGCAUCCACAGAGGUGCAAGGUCUGAGACAUGGAAUGUGUCCAUUCUAUUAGGGCAACGGACGCCGUCAUCUGGGAACACUCCAGUGAAUCGAAGCUUUGCUUUGAAAGGAGUGUGACUUGGGGCCUUUUGCCUGGGGGUCUAAAGUGUGUUUCUUCCAGAGUCAUGGUUCAUGGGAGACCCUGGAAGCAUCCCUGGCAAGGUAAAGUGGGCAGGGCAGGGACCGCACCCACGCGGCCUGCUUCCCCGGGCUGCUGGAAGUCACCUCGCCUGCCUAGGUCUCUGUAGCUUCCUCAUCGACACAAUGGGACAGGAUUUAUGAGCACUUAGCACAAAAUGAACUUGGCCUGGAUGUUCUGGUUACUGGGCACAUCUAAAGGCUGAGCCACCAAAAAGAAAACCAAAAAAUCACUUUGCUUGGCAGGGUGCUGGGAGCUGGGAAGAUGGAGGGGGAGCAGGCAGUGCCACCAAGAACAAUGGUGACAUCAUGAGAAUCAAGGCCCUGUGCAUCUCGGGUUCCCUAAAGCCCUGGGCAUACGUCCAUUUUAUGUGGUUCUUUCUCGACCACACUUUGGUCAAGGCUGCUGUUUCAGGGGGGGGAAAACAUUAUAUUACCAUGAUUCCCCACCCCUGCCCACUUUGUUUUGAAAACUCCAGAUUUACAGAGAAGCUGAAAGAAGAGUAUGAUGCACUCCUCUAGAACUUCCACCCAGACUCACCAGCCUCCAGUAAACUGCUGCAUUGGCUUAAUCCUCUCCCAGCCUCCCACCCUGCCACCCUGCCACCCCCCCCAUUCACCCUCAGGGGUAUUUGGAGGAUGAAGUGACGUCUGCACCUUUCAGGUGGUUCAGCCCAAGAAAAAAGUAUUGAUCUCCCAGGGACAAGAGCAUCUCCUAGAUAGCAGUGCCGUUACGCCCCAAAGAAAUGGAGCGUUCACAUAAUCUUUAUUAUCUGAAAUAUAGCCCACCUUCACAUUUCCCCAGUUGUCCCAAAAAUGCCCUCCAAGGAUGUGUGUGUGUGUGUGUGUGUGAAUCAGAGGCAAUCCAGGAGCACUCCCACACUGCUUGUCUGGUUGCCGCAGACUCCCCCAGUCUAGCACGUUCUCCAUCACCGUUUUUGUCUUUCACGGCAUUGCCAUUUCGAAGAGCCUGGGCCAUCUCUCUUGUGGGAAGCCCCACGGUCUGCUUCUGUCCGCUGGUCUCCUCAGGUUAAGGACUUUUAGGCAAGAAAACAUUGGCCGUGACUAACGCCUUUGCCAUGGCCAGCUCCCUGGAGAACUCUGAUUACCUCUCAUUGUAGGUAAAUGAGUCAUAUUAAAAUGUCUCCUCUGUUAGAGACACUCACUGACGCUUCAAGAGGGACGGCCAUGAGUUCCUGGAUGCCGGGCCUCAUUGUCAAAGCUGAGCAAGGCGCUGCUAUUUCGGACUUUUCAUGUGGGUCUGUCUUUUGUGCUGAGCAUCAGUAGUCUGUCCCCCAAGCACCUGUGGGGAUAAGCCAGCUAUAAAUAGACACAAAGCCCAGUGAUAUUCUCUCAUCAACUGUGAAGCUGGCUAGCAGGCGUACCCCAAUAGGGUGGUUGUAAGGGUCCCUGUGAGCCUGUUGGGGGACUUUGGCACCCAGUAGCUUCUCAAUGAGUGGUGAUGAUUGCUAAGCCCUUCCUACAAUCAAUCAUCAUAAAAAUGUAAUUUUGUUACAUCAGUGUGAUUUUGGCCACGAAGGGCUAUAUUUUGUGACCUCUUUGAGGUGUUUGUGCUGGCAAGUUCCAUAGCACGGCCUUCUCAGUUCUGAUAACAUAAAGCAGUCCAGCUGCUGUGGCUAAUAUUUCAUUUUGAUCAAGAAAAGAUGCCCGCGCAUGUUCCCGCCUCUGAGCCUCUGCCAAUGCUGUCCUGCUACGUGGAAGGUCUCCCUGCUACUCCCCAGCACGGAGCCGGAGAUGGGAGCAUCUCACUCAUCCUUUAAAAGCCUCUUCUGACCUUUUGCCCACUGAUGGACUCAGCGAUGCCCUCCUCUGGGCUGCCUAGUCCUUUCUGUCAUGGACAAACCUAUUGGGAAGCAGACUCGAUGGCCCUGGUCUUGGGAACUGCACGUGCUGGGCGGCACCAAGGAGGGACUAAAGACAAUCAGCAUCCUAGCUUCUUGCGUAAGUGGCCCUUCAUCGCUGCUAUCAAGGCCUGUCCUAACUGCAGCGCAGGCAUGUCCCACCCCCUGGAAACCAAUGCACAGCCAUGUGACGAAAACCUAUCACCCCAUCACGAGCUAUCUAAUGGCACGUGCCUGGCAGAGUUGAGUGUACCAUGUGCAACAGGGCCAUGAGCUGUCCACAGCUGGGCAUUUCCCAUAAAGCGGGUGAUGGGGACGUCUUCAGAUUCCAGGAACGCACUUGUGACAUUUCACCCUGCAGUGGGUGAGCACUGUGAUGGGAAUGUCACCAGAAGCCAGGUCAGCACUGUUUUUUCAUGGACGUGCUUCCAGCAGAGGCUGAAGAGUGUGGGACCUUGUGCAGUGAGGGACAGGGUCCCCCAGCCUCGGCUCUGCACCUGCCCGGCACGAGCUUGGGGCUCUAGACAGAGGCAGGGGGCAGACUCCUUGUCUCCAUGGCACAGCCUGGUGGGCAGAAACUACUCAGAUCGUGGCAUCCCACACCUGAGACUAGCUUCUGCUGUUCGUAGGUGGGUGGUGGCUUUGCCUCUCUGAGCCUUAGCUUCCCUACCUUUAUACUGGAGAUUAUAAAUAAACCCCGUUUACUGCACAGUGGCAAUGAGAUCUGUACGUGAUGACAUUUCCUGGGCACCUACUGUGCGCCCAGGGCUGUGCUAGUGUCCUCAUACGUGUUUGCAUUUCUCGUAAAGGCCCGGCCAGGUUUCCUGGGGCCUUUGACUUGAGAGCAAACUAUGGAAAGGAAGUGAUUGGGUCUGGUCGAGGAACUCAGGCAGGGCUUCACGGAAGAAGGGGCUUUCGGUCAUCUUGGAGGAGCGCCUUGAAGGAGCAAUGGGCGCUGCUUUAGGCAGAGGCCAGGCUUGUGGAAAGGCACAGAGUGGCAGGGCAGGGAACACGCACUUCAUCCAGUGGUCGGUGGAAUCCCGCCCCAGAGCCACACCCAACAGAUGCGACGGGUCAUCGUCAAGGCCCUUUGCGAGCCGGUCACAGCCUAAGUCAUUCGGGCUAUUCUGCUCCAGAACCUUCCAUGGCCCCCAGUGCCCACACAGGAAGUUUAUUUCUAGGUCCUUCGCUCUGACAACCACAGCGCGAGUCCUGGGCUUCCACCGAAGAGCUUUCCAUCCGAAUGCCCCUACUGGGUCCUCCUCCGAUCACGAAACUCUGAAAAUAGGUCCUGGAGUCUCACCAAAUUUCAGUUCUCUGCAGUCUUGUGGUUUAGCUGGAGUUAAGUAGUUUUAUUUUUGUUCUGUUUUCUCUUGUGGACAUUAGCGCUAAUUGGCGUCUGGGACUAUUUGUGGGUGAGAUCUACUGGGUCUUUCACCUAAGCAUCCUGGGGACCUGUUCCAAUGAAGUCUUCUAAGAGUUGAUCAAAGAUUUGUGUGAAAAUAACAAGAAAAAUGUUGUGUAGUUCUAGGGCUCACUUGGCAUGAAGAAUUUGCUGUUUCCUGAUCAACUCUAAGGACAGCAGACUUCGGGAGUGCCUGUGGCCAGGGCCUCAGGGACUGAUGUGCCUAAGGCCUCGUGGGGACCCGAGAUGCUCACAUGGGCUCCUGCUCUCCUUCUGCAUCUCUGCUGGAGUUGGGGCCUCUUGGGGGUCUGGUGCUGAGGGCAGGGUGCUUUGAGUGAAGGUGUCCGCAGAAGAGCCAGGGGUGUCUGCUGUUGUGGGGAGUGCUGGUGGCUCUGGGGUGAAGGUUCAUUGUCUGUUUUUAGACCUCUGUUCUUACUGGUGUGUCUGGGAUGUGUCAGGACUCAUUGCCAAGGUCAAGGCAUCUCCUGGUGUGGAGCUGACCCACAGGCAUUGCAACGUGGGGCUCUGGGCAGUGGCGGCUGAGGAGAGACUUCGGCUGGAUGGAAGGAAGUCCAGCCUCAAGAAUGUGGCUUGAACCAGGGCUCAAACUGGUUUUGUCAUUUGCCGUGUGACGUAGGGCAAGUCACUUCACUUCUCUGGGCCUGAGUUUCUUCUCUUCCAGAUAAGGGGGUUCGGCCAAGGUCCCCAGUUUCCAAGUCCCACUCCUGCCGUCAGUACCUCCCCUAGACACCUAUUGCCACCAACUCUCUCCCAUUUGGACGCUUUGUUUUAAAAAUGGCAUCAGGGUCUUUACAACCAACAGCUCUGUGCGGUGCAUCUCUGCUUAGUUUCCUUGAUAGGUUGUCCUACAUCCUGACUCCACAAGGUGCCCUGUUCUAGAGAGAAACCCCGGCCCGCCGGGGCCGUGGCCGUGGCCGUCCUCAUCUAUGGGGCUCACCCUCACUUGCUAGAGGAGGGUUAGGACUCCCUAGGAUCUGCCUUCCAGUUAAACCUGAGCCCAGCUUUGCCUUUCCACGCACCUCUGCUCUUUCCUGCCACAGCCUCUGUUUGUCCUUAUUUCAGGAUGUCUUUAAUUUGUGGAGGACCUGUCCCCCGCUUACAGAAGCCACAGGCGCCAGUCGCCUCAAGUUGACUGUCUUUGCCCUGCUUGGGGGUGAACCAUGACGGGGCUCAGACCUACGUGCAGUGCAGCCCUGUGCAAAUGCAGAUUGUCUGACACACACACACACACACACACACACACACACACUUCUCUUUGCUCAUCUGUUCUUUGCGCUGCGUGUCCACAGUGUCCCCCUGCUUGGGGCAGAGGGCCCAGGCAUCAAUGGGGUGAAAGAGCUUCUGCUGAACCCCCUCCACGGUUGGCGCUGUGUCUUCUGGGCAGGUCACCUCUCCUGGGAGGCAGAAGUGAGAACAGGUUAGGAGACUUCAGUGUUCCGACGCGGCAUCCUCGUGACCGUACCCCAUCUCUCUGAGCCUUUGUUUCCUCACCUGUGUAGAAAGGCUGUGGAGGAGUGGGAUUGUUCCGGAGGCUCGGAGGUGGAAAGCCCUGGCCUGUGGAGGCUCCUGGCUUCUCUGAAGCUUCGUGGGACACACAAGUUGGCAGGGAACUGGGGAGGCCGUGGCUUUCCUGUCAGCUGCGUCUCCCUGACUGGUGGACCAUCGGUCCCAGCACAGGCGGAAUCGGGCUGGAGGGAAGACAGGAGGAUGCCUUUGAGGGCCACGUACCUUUUUACUUGGGGAGCUUUCCAUGCUGCCUGUCUUCCCGUCACUCUUGGCUCUUAGCUCCAGCCUCUCCAGAGGCGCCUGUCUGGCUUCUUGGAGACCUCCAGCAUCCAGAGAGCGGCUACUGGUUGAGGAGGGAGGUCUGUUUGGUUCAGCUCUAAGCCUUGGCCACUAAAAACAUCAAACCUCAGCCUUGCCUCUUCCAGCUCCUUAGCAUUGGGUGGCGGAGGCCUUGGGGCCUUGGCAAGCACCCGUGUGGCUUCCCCCUUCUUUCCUCUUUGUAAUUGGGCCAUGUGGCCUUGGGCACAUCACUUCCCAGCCUCUCUUACAAAGGAUGAAAUGGGCAGGUGAGAAGCGGGUAUGUCCCAGGUGGGCUGGUGAAGAUGAAAGGACAUAAGGGUCAUUAUAUACCAGGCUUUGGGUUGGCAUUUUGGGGGAGGGGUGAGUCUGGAGGCCAAGUCGUCCCGGCCUAGGGUUCCUAAGCUGGGCCAGCCCCUCCCUGCCCGGACAGGUUUCAGGCACAGUUGUCCUCCAGCCCUCCGACAUCCAAAGAAUCAGGUUUCUACCCAGCUCCUCUGACUUUUCCAUCUGUGUUUCUCCUUUGUGGUCCCAAAUCUCAGCUCCCAAUGGGCCAGAUGCUUGGCGACAGUGUGGGUGGGACUUUUCCAGGGAAACCAAAGCCCACCUUUCUCAUGAUAAACCUUACAGAAAGUCCUAACCUUUCCUUAACCCAAGAGGACGAAGCAGCUAGGGCCCCCUCUGUGCAUUAUGGCGCGCCGAUUGAGCCAUUCAUUCAGUGAUUAUUUAGAGCUGUGGGCACCUGCCAUGACCAGCCUCAGUGCGGGCCCUUGUGAUACACUGGACAGUCCAGGUCCCUGGCCUCCUGAGGCCACAGUUCCAAUGGACCACAUGCUUCCAAGAGGCCCGAGGUCUGGAAAAAGGGUCUGAUGGGCAGGUAGUGGAACCAGAACACGCCUCGGCAAUCGCCUCAUUUUCUCGAGCUGAGUUUUAGAAGUUGGGUAGAAAAAUAAAAAUCCAGUGCAAGGGAGAACAGGAUUGGUGGGAGCCCCAUGAAGCAGAACCCACAAUUAACACAAUUAACAAGACUUCUCUGUAAUUUGAUGGCUCCUCCGAGAAGAACACCCUCCUGAAAAAGGCUCAUUAUAUAUUUGUUUAUUUGGCCCACAAAUAGCAUUUUGACAGCCGUUGGGGACUGGAAGGGACCUCCAGAGGUCAUCUCAGUCCACCCUCUGCUUCAUCAGAAAUCUCCAUGGAACAGACAAGGCAUUGGAGUAGGUGAAACUUGGUGUUCUUGAGCAAAAUUUGGGCAGGAAUACGGACUAACCCCAGCUGGAAUAUCUGAGGCACUCUCGCAUGUCCUUAAGUGAUCCGCAGAAGGUUUGCAAUUAAACAAGCACAGGAGACACAGGCAGAGACACCAAAGACAAGUAGGGUUUGAACCACUGCAUUAACAAGGAGGAAGGAUUUUCUGUCUGCUCCCAGCAGGCCAAGACAUUGCUGAUGCUCCCUCUAAGAUGUACAAUUUUUAACUUCAGCCAACUGUGUACCCUUGUACCUCAACACAUUAAAAAGAAGACAGGUGUCACUGGGAACCCCAGGCAUAGAAGUUAAGCUUGACUUAGUUCUAAACUCACAUCCAUGAAUGAAAAUGAUUGGCACACACAUGCAGGGGGUUCAUUCUGGGGGGUGGUGGGCGUGGAGGUGCAGACCCUCACACAUUCACUUGGGACGUGCGUGCGUGUAUGCGCUGACUGGGUAUCUUUGGGUCUUUUUGUUGUUGUUGUUUGUCUGUUUUUGGCCUUGCUGGACAUCUUCAUGAUUGAGUGUAGGAGGACCUGGGUUUGUCCUGAUGGGGAUACUGCUGCCGGGGACCCUCUAGAACAGUCCCCGGGGAGGGGGAUGGAAAUCAGGAAUUUCUCCCCGAAGCUGGGUGAGCUUGGCCACAUUCCAGGACGAUGGAAUGGUUUGUCCCGAGUUCCUAGCAGGGACCCACCUGCCCACGUUGGUGGGAGUUUGGGAUUUGGACGACAGGCCCAACUGCGGCCGAGGCAUCAGACCUUUGGUGGAAAGCCGUACCAGGUGUGGCCAAACCAGUGAUUCCGACUGGACCACAGUGAACCAAAUUCAAAGAAGCCUACUGUUAACUGUUACUGUCUGUUUUCCUUUGUCUAUCUUCUCUGGCCUUCUCCGCCUGUGGAGAGGGCGCCUUCACAAAUGGCCUUAGAAUGCCGUUCUGAAGCUUAACAGAAUGAGACAACCAUCAAACGAAUAUCAGAGGUAUUUAUUCUCGCAGCUUAUCUGAAGAAUGAAAAAAAAAACAAAACAAAAAACAAAAAAAAACACAAAACUGUAUGACCAAUGUUUACAAGUCCAAGUAGACAUCCAGCCCAUGUAAAAUAUGUAAUUUAUGCAACAGAUUGCAUCUUUCUUUUGUAACGAAUGCACUAAGCAACCCUGUAUAUAUUUUACAAUGUCUUUACAGAAAAAGGAAGAAUCAUUUACUGUAGUGUUGUAAAAUAAUGCACUUUUCUAAUUUUUUCAUUAAAAUCUCUAUGGCACGUUU